AAUUUAUCAGCUGAUCCAAGUCAACGUAUAGCCGAAUUAUAAAAUAAGUGGGAAUUCGGGUAUUUUCGGUUUUAGUAUUUCAUUUACUUUGUGUUAACCCGACACCCGACUACGAAUCUUUUAUUAAGUCAACUGUAACCCGGCAUAUUGUAUGUUGAUAGCUAAAUGUAUAUGAUGCUCAAGUAAAAAUUAAUAAACUCUAUUGAUCUACGAAUAAAAUAAUCAGGAUGUUAACCAGAAGAUUAUUGCUAUAUAACUGUUUAUUUACAAGCAUUUAUUUUUCAUCUAUUUUAAUUAUACUAAAGUACAAUGACAUUUUAUACAAUGUUGAUACUUACAAAUUUAUUCCAACAUUUAUUAUAUUGUCUUGUGAAUUAAUUAAAUUUACAUUUUCAAAAUUUUAUAAUAGACGUUACAGUUUUGAUAGAAUUGAUUCAAAAGUAUCAAAUUCAAAAUACAAAAAAAUAUGGCCGAAAGUCUUUAAAGAUACUAUUAAAUUUAUAAUAAUUAUUGUUAUGUUAUUUAUUGUAUAUUAUAGUGCAAUUGUAUUAUUUGGAGCACCAUUGACAACACAUCAAGAAGAAACAACAAUGCUUGCUGUUAUUUUAUCAGAAUUAACUUUUAUUCCAUCAAGUAUACAGCUCGGUAUUGAUGAUGCGUUGACUCUUUUAACUGGAUUUCCAUUACCCAGUAAUAAUAUUAUAGCAGAAGCUAUGGAUCGUAAUAUUAAAUCUACAGUGUUAGGUACCUGGUUAGGGGCUAUUGUAAUUCCCUUAGAUUGGGAUAGACCAUGGCAAGAAUGGCCAAUACCUUGUGCUAUUGGUGCACUUGUUGGAUACAUUGUCGCUAAUUUUAUAUGUUUCAUUAAAUUACUGCCAAUUUACAAAUUUUGGCGAUCGAAAAAACUUGAUAGAUAAUUUAAUAAUCUGUUAUAAUUUUUACUUGCUAGAAAUUUUAUGAUAAUGAAAGCAACCGACACCAGAUAAUUUUUAUAUUCUUCGAUAAAUAAACAAUUUAAAUAUUGGUUGAACAAAAAUUUGUUAAAUUAAUACGAAGGAUUUUUGAGUUCUUAAUGGGCAUUUUUUUGUUAAUUGGUCGGAGAUAACUAGAAAAUUGUCUGAUGUAUCUGUGACAUUCAGAGUCAUUAAAUUUUUUGAUACAACUUUUGAAAAAUUAUGCAACUAAUCAUUUGUACAGAAAAAAAAAAGUUAGAGACUUAGUAAGAUAUUAUUUAUAAUAUUUAUAUAUAAUUAAUUCAAUAAGAAAGACAAAACUUUAAACAUUCGAUUAUUUGUGUAGAAAAUUUCAAAAGAAAUUAUGCCAUUUAUCUUGUAAGCUUAUCUACAAUUUUAUAAUGUAUCUAAUUGUAAUUAUAUUCACCAAUACUGAUUACUUUUUAAGAU